CAACUGACCCUGCCCUGAUACUUCCCCUCUGCCUUCUUGUCGGAAUCCUCAUCUCUCAGUUUAAUCUCUCUGUCUUCGUAAGAUAGUCAACUCAAACAUGGCUUUAAGUGGAAAAAUUGCAGUCGUGACAGGAGCAGCCAUGGGCAUAGGAAAGGCAAUAACGGAGAAACUUCUUCAAAACAGUGCUAAGGUUGCUCUCUUGGACAUAAAUGAAGAUGCAGCCACUUCUUUUAUGGAAGCCCUUCAAAAAAAAUAUGGACCAAAAAACACAUUGUUCCAGAAGUGUAACGUUGAAUCAGAGGAGGAGGUGAAAGCUGCCUUUAAAAAAACAGUGGAAACCUUCGGUGGUAUUGACAUCCUGUGCAACAACGCUGGUAUCCUAAAUGAGAGCACAUGGGAGAAAAUGGUCUCCAUUAACCUUGUCUCUGUAAUUAGGGUCACUUACCUGGCACUGGAGCACAUGAACAAACUGGCAGGAGGUCGAGGAGGUGUCAUCGUUAACACAUCAUCACUGGCAGGUCUUGGUCCAUUGCCGAGCUGUCCUGCUUAUACAGCCACCAAGCAUGGAGUUAUCGGCUUCACACGAGCCACGGCGAGUGCUUUUGAAUUAUCAGGCUAUGGCAUACGGGUGAACGCAAUAUGUCCAGCAUUUGUGCAAACUGAUCUCUUCACCAAUAUCCCAGAAAGACUGGGACAAUUAUCUCACCUGCAAGAGGUUUCCCAACAUAUUGUAAAUCAGUAUGGGGUAAUGGAUGUGUCCAAGGUAGCCGAUGACUUCUAUGAGAUGCUAACAGAUGAGACCAAGAAUGGAGAGGCCCUUAUGAUCACAGGAAAAGAGAGGAUAUAUAUUCCUUUCCCACAAAUGUCAACCUUUUUUGAAAGUGGUUAACAACAAAGUUAUUAUGACUUUGUUCAGUUGUAAGUCUGACUUUGUGAUUGUGUUGUAAGCGAUGGAUUAAAAAUCACGUCACAUGCAA